AUGUGUAACUUUGUAGAAGAAGGGAAUUUGAAGCCACGCCUCAAGUCCAUCGCUUGGGCCGGCUGCGUGGCCCAGCUCUACAUCUCCCUCUCGCUGGGCUCCACCGAGUGCCUCCUGCUGGCCAUCAUGGCCUACGACCGCUACGUCGCCAUCUGCCAGCCGCUGCGCUACACGGCCAUCAUGAGCCGCUGCCUCUGCCUGCAGAUGAUGGUUACCGCCUGGCUGAGCGGCUCUGGCAACGCACUGGUGAAGACGGUGCUGACUCUGCGGCUGCCCCGGUGUGGGAGGAAUCGAAUCAACCACUUCUUCUGCGAGGUGCCGGCCCUGCUCAAGCUGGCCUGCGCCGACACCUCCACCAACAUGGCUGAGCUCCUCGCCAGCGCUGUGUUUUUACUGCUGCUGCCGCUGGGCUUCAUCCUGGUUUCCUAUGGUUACAUCGGCACCGCCGUGCUGAGGAUGCGUUCGGUCGAGGGCAGGCUGCUGGAGGGUCCCAUUGGAAAAUGA